GACACGGCCAAAGCUCUGAAAGAUAUCAGGUAUUAAUGUAACUGGAGUGAAUAAGGGAACCUUCUUCCAGAGCACAGACAUUGGAACCUGUUAUCAGCAUGAGCUCAUAUGUGUUAGACAAACACGUCAAUAGUUCAUAUCUAUCCUUCACUACAGGAAGCAUCAGAAUGAUACCGCAAACUCCAAUAGCCUUAGACAGCAAUGACUAUUCACAAACAUUGGGGAUAUCACAGCAGAUAUUUAAAGAAGAUGGUGAAUUGGCAGGAACUGGGAAGCAAUCAUUAUGUACAGAGAGUAAUUUAGUCAUCAAACAAGAGGACAACAUUUAUGCCUUAUCUAGUGAAAUUAUUGUCCCAGAGGAUAAACCACACACAUUUACUGAGUUUUUAAAACAUAUUAAAGAAGGGAAAAGUCUACAGUCUAGCCAAAUGAUUCAUACAAAGGAAAGACCUUUCAAAUCUACAGAAUGUGAGAAACGCUUUAGAUGGAAGUCUAAUCUACUAGAACACCAAAAUAUUCACACAGGUGAGAAACCACACACAUGUACUGAGUGCGGCAAAUGUUUUACACAAAUGGAUCAUCUAAAAACUCAUAAAAAGAUUCACACAGGAGAAAAGCCGUUCACAUGUACAGAGUGUGGAAAACGUUUUGCAAAAAAGAGUAAUCUGAAAAGUCAUGAAAGGAUUCACACAGGAGAAAAGCCGUUCACAUGUACAGAGUGUGGAAAAAGUUUUACACAAAUAAAUAGUCUGAAAAGUCAUGAAAGGAUUCACACAGGAGAAAAGCCUUUCACAUGUACAGAGUGUGGAAAAAGUUUUACACAAAUAAAUAGUCUGAAAAGUCAUGAAAGGAUUCACACAGGAGAAAAGCCGUUCACUUGUACAGAGUGUGGUAAAAGUUUUACAGAAAUGAGAAAUCUGAAAAGUCAUGAAAGGAUUCACACAGGAGAAAAGCCUUUCACAUGUACAGAGUGUGGAAACAGUUUUACACAAAAAAGUGAUCUGAAAAGUCAUGAAAGGAUUCACACAGGAGAAAAGCCUUUCACAUGUACAGAGUGUGGAAAAAGUUUUACACGAAUAAAUAAUCUAAAAAAUCAUAUAAAGAUUCACACAGGAGAAAAGCCGUUCAAUUGUACAGAGUGUGGAAAAAGUUUUACAGAAAAGAGUAGUCUGAAAAGUCAUGAAAGGAUUCACACAGGAGAAAAGCCGUUCACAUGUACAGAGUGUGGAAAAGGUUUUACAGAAAAGAGUGAUCUGAAAAAGCAUGAAAGGAUUCACACAGGGGAAAAGCCUUUCACAUGUACAGAGUGUGGAAAAAGUUUUACACAAAUAAUUAGUCUGAAAACUCAUGAAAGGAGUCACACAGGGGAAAAUUUGUUCAAUUGUACAGAGUGUGGAAAAUGUUUUACACAAAUGUAUCAUCUGAAAAAUCAUGAAAGGAGUCACACAGGGGAAAAGCCGUUCACAUGUACAGAGUGUGGAAAAACUUUUACACGAAUGGAUCAUCUGAAAACUCAUAUAAGGAUUCACACAGGGGAAAAGCUGUUCACAUGUAUAGAGUGUGGAAAACAUUUUACAAUAAAGAGUCAUUUGAAAACUCAUGAAAGGAUUCACACAGGAGAAAAGCCUUUCACGUGUACGGACUGUGGAAAAAGUUUUACACGAAUGGAUCUUCUGAAAACUCAUAUAAGGAUUCACACAGGAGAAAAGCCUUUCACAUGUACAGAGUGUGGAAUAUGUUUUACAGUAAAGAGUAGUCUGAAAACUCAUGAAAGUAUUCACACAGGAGAAAAGCCUUUCACAUGUACAGAGUGUGGAAUAUGUUUUACUAUAAAGAGUAGUCUGAAACGUCAUGAAAGUAUUCACAAGGGAAGAAACCUUUCACAUGUUUAGAAAGUGGAAAAAAUGGUUUUAUUUACAUCAGGUUUCACAAAACACCAAAUAUUUACACACAGACUUUAUGUACACAGUGUACAAACCUUUCUACAAUUAUUUUAAAGAGGACAAACUCUCUAAAUAGAAGCAUCAAAAGGGUUGAUAUUGUAAAUAAUACUUUCUAAAUCCCCCCAAUUAUAAAAGCCCCAGAUUGGAAGUGCUCUCCUGCUGUCAUUUGUUCCUCUAUAUAUUUGCACCGCAGUUUAUCUGAUAUCUAUGUAAUAUGAUCCAAACACAACAAAGGAAUAUACAAAUCUGUCCUCAUACUGACCAGUUUACACAACCAUUCACCACCAAAGCACCCCCAGUGUUGUUUAUUAAUAUGCCAGUGUUAGGAGUUGUACGUUUGAUUUACAUAGGGGAGAAAAUAAUUACAUUUACAGAAUAAAGGAGUCUUUUUAUGAUUAGAGUGUUAGAAAAAUGUAUAAACAGGAUUAGUCUCAAAUUAUUAUCUAGGAGAUAUAUUUAAUGUGCACAUCAUGUGGAUAAACCUUUUCUUAUAGCAAUAUAUACUUUAUGGCAUUGUACAUGUUAUAUACCAGAGGAAUUACUGAGGGGGAACUGAUUUUAUUUCAUGAGACACAAUAUCAGUAACCGGUACAUACGUGAUCAUAAUCAGUUUAAUUUAAAUGGCUACUAUAAGCUACAUGUAUACUGGGUAUGUAAUCAUGUUCUAUAACUUGAUAUUAUGUCUGUUAGAUGUUUUCAUGUUAGUUAGAAGCCACAAGAACUGAUAAUAGCACAUACUGUAUAUAUAAAGGGCACAUUAUAUGUCUGAUAAAUCCCUUUGUAUCAAGA